AUGGUCAUUAUUAGUGCUGCAGUUUGCGAUAAAUAAGGUGACAUCUUAAUAGCUCGUCAAUAUUAAAAUAUCACAAAGCAUUAGCUUGAGGAGAACAUGAGAAAUUUUCCUAAGCUCAUAACACCUGAUCAAUAACACACUUUUGUUGAAACAGAAUAUGUGAGAUAUGUGUAUUUACCAUUGGAUAAUAUGUACUUGGUUCUUCUCACUAAAAAGAAUUCAAAUAUUAUUGAAGAUUAAGAAACAAUACGCCUUCUUCAUAAAAUAGUUUAAGAUUUGUGUCCAUCUGGAGUUUCAGAAUAAAAUGUUUUGAAAAGAGAUUUCGAUAUCUUAUUAUGCUUUGAUGAUGUUAUUUCUUUUGGUUUUAGAGAAUCAGUAUCUUUAAGUCAAGUUUAAAGUGCAUUGGAAAUGGAGAGUGCAGAUGAAAAAUUCCAUAUUAUGUUGAUGAAAUAGAAACAAGCAGAAUAGCAAGAAGCUGCUAAAAGACAUUAGUAAGAAAUGUAAAAGAAACGUGCUGCUGGAAUCAGCUCUUCUGGUAAUAGCAUUUCCUCCUCAAGCUAUGGUUCCUAUAGCAGCAGUGGCGCUUCAACAAAUGCAACUGGAGGUAUCUCUUCUAGUGGUAUAACUAGUAUGGGUUCUAAUUCAUUUAAAUCCAAAAAUGAUGAAGAUGAAGGUGUUUUUCGUCCUGAUGACAAACCUGUUUAUAAUCCUUCAUCAAAAGCAACUACUGUUGCUCCAAAGAAGGGUUUAGUCCUUGGUAAGAAGAAAGCUCCUACAAAAGAAACUCCUGUUGCAAAUUAAAAGGAGGCUAGCAGCUCUUCAGCAAAUACAUAGGCUACUUUGUAAGAGAAGAUUGUAUAAGAAAACUCUAAAAAAGAAGAAAUAAAAGUUAAUCCUCUUAAGGCUCCAGUUGACAUUGAAAUAAUUGAAAAAAUGAGUUGCUAAAUGACUCGUGAUGGAACAUUAAAUUCCCUUGAUAUAAAUGGUGAAGUAUUCCUUUAGUUCUACGAUCCUUCUAAAGCCCGUAUCGCUAUACAAUUCGAAUAUGAAAAUCUAAAACUAAAGACACUUAAACCCCAUGUAAAUUUAAAUAAGUAAUUGUGGACAGAUAAGAAAUAGAUCGCUUUGAAAAACAUAGAAACUGCUUUCCCUGUUAAUACUAGAAUUCCCUCUGUUAAAUAUGGUUAUAAUUCUACUAACACAGCUGAUUUACCAUUCACACUAACUUGCUGGUUUAAUGAUGGAUAAGUUGCUCUUGAAGUUGAAUUUAAUACUGAUCAAAAUCGUUUUGAAAAGCUAGAAAAGAUUGAAAUUUCCUUUAGCUACCCAUCUAAAGAAAAGCCUGAUGUAAGCUCAAGUGAAAAUGCUGAAUACGAAGUCAAUUCUUCAAAUAGUGUUUUCAAAUAUAUAAUUCCUUCCUUAAGUGCUUCUAAUGCCACAUCUAACAUUUAGAUCAGUUUCUCAUCUAGCUUAGCUGAAGAUGACAUAUUCCCUUUCGAUGUUAACUUUACAUUACCAUACACUUUUUACCAAAUUAAGCCUCUUGCUGUUGCUAAUUUAGGUAAUAAUAACGAAUUGCUUAAAUUCGAUGUAAUUUCUAAAUGCACAGCAGAUAAAUAUCAAAUCAAUUGA